AUGGCGUACUUCUUACCCUCGUUCUUUCAAAAGCGACUGCUUAAGUAUGCCUUGUCCCGCCUGGGCCUCGUUGAUACCGAGGCCUUGGACCUUGAUAAUCUGGGGAUUCGCUGGGGACAGCGGAGUACCGUGGAGUUGCGAGAUAUAGGUUUGAAGUUGGAGAAAUUAGCCACGCUGCUCAACCUUCCUCCUACAUGCGAACUCCUCAGUGCCCGGAUACAGUUUCUCAGGAUAACCGUCCCGGCAGAUAUCUACAGUAGUGGGAUAAUAUGCGAGGUUAACGGCAUUAAUGUGCACCUACGCUGCUUGCCGGAUGAACUACCAACAGGGAGGCAUGAAAAAUCAAGAACUCAGUUCUCGUCUGCCCUGGGGGCACAUGGAUCUGGAGAGGACCAGAUUUUACCGACACCAUCGCAUCUUGCCGAGUCAUUCCUGGAAGCCGAGCCCAAGGAAGAAAAGGAGGAGCUUCAAGCUGCUCUUUCAUCACAAUCCCAUGUUUUCCAACGAGGCUCCUCCGAGGAAGAGGAAGAGGAGGAGCUCGGACUUGGGAGCGAUACACUUUCAUUACCGAGCUUUGUCGCGGGCUUCUUGAAAGGCGUGGCAGAUCGGUUGCAGCUGAAAAUCAAAGAUGUUUCUGUGCGUCUGGAUAUGGAGCUGAAGCAGGAUGCACCCUCUAAAAGACAGCCAGAGGACAAGCCGGAUCUUGUCGCGGGUCUUCUGAGUGUGGGGGAGAUUGAUGUCCAUGGGGUUUCCGGAUUCACCGCAAACUCAGAUGAUCCCCUACCCCUUCGAGAGGGGAAGCGGCUGAUAUCGCUUACCAAUAUCAGCGUUAGUCUCGUAUCGGAUCCAGUGGUGUUUGCAAACUAUUCGCGUUUCACCGCACCUGCCUCUCCGGCAACCACAAUGCGGUCAAAGGAGAGCCAGACAUCAAGCAGAGCACCCUCGCCUCUAUUAGAUUCCCCUGGCUCAGAAUCAGCGCUUGCUAUGACGCGAUCCACAAUAUUUGAACCACCGCCCGCAUUAAGUCGUGCUAGCAUUGCCGAUAAUGAAUUGGAAAGCUCGGCUGCGUUUUCUCACGACGGACGUUUCUCAGACGCAGAUUCCGAGGCAGAUCAUCGGUUUGACCACUACUCCGACGACUCUCAGGUUUUUGGAAAUAAUGAUCCAUUUCAAGAUAAUCCCGGAUAUUUGGAUUCAGUUAUCGACGCUCAGUUUGACGACUUUGAUGCGGAGUCACCCGAAUUGAGACAUUCCGAUCGCCAAAUAAAUGAGUCCCCCAGAAGCUCACUUCUUCAUAAUCAUUCCUUCAAUGCGAAUGAAGAGGCAACUGAGCAUGAGGAUUUCGAACCUGAGCAGCCCUCCAUGCAUCCAGAGAGUCCACAGAGAUAUGAAGUAUCCAGUUCACCACAGGCCAGUCAACAUGAAUUUAUGGCAAGUGACAUGACUCGGUCGACAAAGUGGCCUUCUCAUUUGGACGAAAGAACCGAAGAGCAAGCGGAUACGUCACAACAUAUCUCUCAAAUAUCUGCAUCAUCCUCUGAAUCUGGAGAUGCAGUCUCAGAAGCAGCAACUCCCGAUGCAGAACUUCUCGAAUCCAAAUACUUCUCUCAUGAUGAAGCACAGAGUUUAUAUAUGAGUGCCAUGAGCCAAGGCCCAGCGCAGAGUUUUAUGCCAAAUAUGCCGGGCGCCUGGGACUCGUUUGAUACCGGAGAACAUUCUAAGCACAGCUCCAUGCGAAGUUCAGACAACAAGCGAAACGACAGUGUUGAUGCUAGCCAAGAUUUAAAUGAUGAGACAAUGGCAUCCACACCCAGAUUGACCGUUCCAUCAGAUUCUCACUUUGGUGAACAGCGAUCCGUUGAAGAUCAGACACGAUCACAAUCCAGACUGCCUGACAGAGAUUCUACCGCAUCUUCACCUGUCUUGCAUAGGGUCAGUGAGAUGAAAAAGCUUAUUUUCGGCAUUGACAAAGCUUUUAUUUGGUUGCCAGCUGCUGAAGGCGAAAAAGAGGCAGGUGACCAUACACCAACUCGGGCAUCUUUCGAAAGCACGAACAGUGACUCAAAGGACCUUGCAUAUGGUGUGGAAGAGAGCAUGUUUGCUUCCAAGACCUAUGCUUCGACUAGAUUUCAAAAGACGCCACUCGAAUCUCGCCCCUCUGCAGAGACAGAUCGCUUUGAUCAGGCACACACGAGUACUGAUGAUCAACUUCAUAAGCUGGAAGUUGAAGUCUUUUCAGUCACCACUCACUUUGAUAUAGCCACUGGUUGGCUUUUGAUCAAGGCAUUUCAGAGAAUAUCUCAUGCAGUCGAUGCAGUAGACAAAGACCAGCCCCUAGAGCCGGAUGCAGCUGAUCGAUCCUCUCCGCAAGUGCCCUUGAAUUUGAUUAUUCACAAAAUUUCCGUCAAAUUUAUUGAGCAUGUGCCAGGGCACCCUUAUUCAACCGACAAUGAUCUCUCUUCUCUGCCGCAGCCAUUUACCAAUAUGGAGGAGAUUGUUCUUCAAAUUACCGCAUCUGGGCUAAGAGCAAGUCUGUCAGCUGAUGACAAGCAAAACAACUUCCACCUUGUUAUUUUCAAGUUCAGCUUCGGAUUCGCCUCUGAGGAUCUGGUCACGUUCAAUGAGUCUUUGAGAAUGCGCGAAUCCACCAGAGAUCUCGCGACUACUUCUCAAGGCGAUAUCUCCUUCUCAAUGUUGAAAUUGGCUGACACCGUUAAAAUUGACGUAUCUACCCUUCCUGUUUAUCUCAACCUCAAUGUUCAGCGCCUAGAAGAAGUUUUAGGCUGGAUGGGUGGAUUGAGCACCAUUCUUGAAUUGGGAAGCUCCAUAUCGUCGACAUCUACAAUGAAAGGGGGUCACAAGCCUCCGAAGAAACGUCCACGCGGUGUUCAUUUCGAGAUGCCAAGCCAUGUGCCCGACAAAGAACAGCAGUCAUCUACCCCGAUGAAGAUCAAUGCACGACUCGGUGGCAUUGUUUUAGAUCUGACUGGGGAGACGCAUUACCUAAACCUUAGCACAACUGCAGUCAAGAUUGUUAGCAGAUUUGAGGGAAUAGGCGCCCAAAUUGACAAAGCACAAUUGACCGGGCCGCAUCCUCUCGAUGACCUCUCUGAUGCCCCGGCUAAAGUGAUCCUGAGCAAUAUUCGGGUCGAGUUCCUUUUUGCACCCAAAGAAGUUGACCUUGAUCGCCUCUUAACUCUUAUCACUCCAUCUCAAGACAAGUAUGAUGAUGAGGAUGAUAUCAUGUUGGAUACGCUCCUUCGGCAAAGGCGACAAGGCUCCGUACUCCGCACAACAAUAGGCGGAAUGAAGACGACUGUCUCUAGCAUCGAUGAUCUGGCCCCUCUGUCAUCUCUUAUGUCAGAGGUUGGUCGACUAUCCACAGUAACGAAAUACCUACCAGAAGAUGAUCGGCCGGGGAUUCUAACCCUGUCUCUGAUUCGCGAAUUUGACUUCCAAGUUCAUGUGGGGGGAGAUGUCGGGUAUAUCAACGCUCAUCUUGCCAACCUUGAGGCUGCCUGGAUCAGCAUGCCGUCUCUCACUGCUAUUCAGAUUGGCGCCAUGAGACUCAUUAGAAACGAUGAUGAAGAGCUUGCGGGCGACGCAUUACUGCCCAGCAAGAAUCAGACUUCGAUUCAGCCACAACUUCCCGUUCUCAUGGCUCGGUUCAUCCCCGAUGAAAUGGAUCCUACCUUUAAAAUCAAGUUACAUCAUCUGCGUGUCGAGUAUACAAUCCCAUCGGUCAUGGCAUUCCUCGGACUUGGUCGCGACAGCACAGGUGGAGACUUGGCCAGCGAGAUGGCAAACUCGAUCGCAAAUCUUGCCGAGCAGUCCACUCGAUCAACAAAACUUCAAAGUCUUUCUCCGCCACAAUCAAGCACAUCUAAAGCGUCGACCAAGGCAACAAAACUUGCAGUGGAAUUUAGAGACUGCGUCCUUGGGCUGAACCCACGCAAUUCUGCAGCCAAAGGGCUUGUCGUCCUUUCCAACUCGAAAUUCAGUGGCACAAUGCAUAGUCAAGAAUCGACGGAAGCUUUGCUUGAGAUCAGGAAAGCGUCCGUUAUGAUUAUUGACGAUGUUUCGAAUGCGGGCCAGACGGAUAAUCUCCACCAACGCCGAUCGGCUGUCAUCCAGAGCAAUCAGGUCCAGACAUACAUCGAUGAGGGUUAUGUUCCAGUAACAACUAUCUCCUCUGCGACAGCGGUUGUGAAAGUGAUGCAACUUGCAACAGACGGAACGAAGUCUCUAGACGUUGAGCUGAGGGACGAUCUUUUGAUACUUGAUACAUGUGCUGAUUCGACGCAAACUCUCAUUGCCAUUCUCAACGGGCUUCAGCCUCCUACUCCACCGAGCGUCACUGCCAAAUAUAGAACGGAGGUCAUGCCACUCCAAGAUAUGCUCGCUUCAUUUACAGGAGACGCAUUUUCAGCGGACGAUAGCUUGCCAACUGAGUUGCAUAGCGAGACGGAAGUUGGCCUCGAUGAUACUGAUUUAGAGGGUCAAUUGAGCGAUGAACUUGAAUACGUCAGUGAUUUCUACCCUGGCAGACAGAAGGGAGCUGGGAGUCCUGGGGCGUUCGAUGCCAAUGACCUCCUUGACAGCUUCCACUCUCAGUAUCAAAUUUCGUCCAGCAUAACGGAGUUGGAUUUCCAGGAAGACCAUUUUGCCAAGCAGUCUGCUGUUGGCGGCACAGCACAUCGUUGGGACUCAACCCACAAUACCUAUGGUCUGUCCAAUGACCAAAAGCUUCAGCGCAGUCCUCUUCGUGUGAGAGUACGAGACAUGCAUGUCAUCUGGAAUCUGUUUGAUGGCUAUGACUGGCAACGAACCCGAGACACUAUCUCUAAAGCAGUCAAGGAAGUGGAAACAAAAGCAACUGAACGACGAGCACGAGCUUCUCGGAUGUCACCAGAUGCCGAGGAUGAAGAAGAAUCUGUCAUUGGUGACUUCCUGUUCAACUCCAUCUAUAUUGGCAUUCCUGCAAAUAAGGACCCACGAGAACUCCACCGUGAGAUCAAUCGUGAUAUCAACGAUCUCGCAAGUGAAACCGGAAGCUAUGCUACUACCACUACGGUUACUGGGGCUACUCGACCCACCUUAGAGAGGGAGAAGAAGCUGCGGUUAAACCGAAGCAAACAACACAAGAUGACGUUCGAGCUGAAGGGUGUCUGUGCUGACUUGGUAGUAUUCCCACCAGGCUCCGAUGAGACACAAAGCUCUUUAGACGUGCGGGUCCGAGAUUUGGAGGUUUUUGAUCAUGUACCUACCUCUACGUGGAAGAAAUUCGCGACUUACAUGCAUGAGGCCGGAGAAAGGGAAAGCGGAACUAGUAUGAUCCAUUUGGAAAUACUCACCGUGAAGCCCGUUCCAGAACUUGCAGCAUCUGAAAUCGUUCUAAAGGCCACAGUUCUACCAAUUCGUUUAAUUGUCGACCAGGAUGCUUUGGAGUUUAUGAGUCGAUUUUUCGAGUUUAGAGAUGAAUCCGUCGAACCCUCAAAUACCCCAGGAGACAUACCAUUUUUGCAACGAGUGGAGGUUAAUGCUGUUCAAGUCAAGCUUGAUUUCAAGCCGAAAAGAGUUGACUACGCCGGACUCCGAUCCGGGCGCACGACCGAAUUCAUGAACUUUUUCGUACUCGAUGGAGCCGAUAUGGUUCUACGACAUGUCAUAAUCUACGGCGUGUCCGGUUUUGACCGCCUAGGCAACACCUUGAAUGACAUUUGGAUGCCGGAUGUCAAGCGCAACCAGCUACCCGGUGUCCUCGCAGGCCUCGCCCCUAUCCGCUCUUUAGUCAAUGUAGGCGGUGGCGUCAAAGACCUCGUCGUUGUUCCGAUGCGCGAAUACCGAAAAGACGGGCGCAUCGUACGCAGUAUUCAGAAAGGAGCAUUAGCAUUCGCCAAAACCACAUCUAACGAGCUUGUGAAACUGGGUGCCAAACUUGCCAUCGGUACCCAGACAGUCCUCCAGGGCGCAGAAGAUCUGCUGACGUCCCCCACUGCCCCUUCUGCCGAGGAAGGACCCGAAGACGAAGAGGAGGCAAAGAAGAUCUCUCUCUACGCCGACCAACCAAUCGGCGUAGUCCAGGGUCUACGAGGCGCUUUCCGUGGCCUUGAACGCGAUCUUCUCCUGGCCCGUGACGCUAUCGUCGCCGUGCCUGGGGAGGUAGUUGAGAGUGGUAGCGCCAAGGCAGCAGCCAAAGCCGUCUGGAAGCGUGCACCGACCGUCAUUCUUCGACCUGCGAUCGGUGUCUCCAAAGCAGUGGGACAGACACUUCUUGGCGCGGGCAAUUCGUUGGAUCCAAGCAACAGACGCAGAAUGGAAGAUAAAUAUAAACGUCACUAG